AUGAAUAAAAUAUUUAAUGUUGUUUUUUACUUCUCAUUUCAAAAUUUAUGUUUACGUGAAUAUAAUUUCGUAAGUAAUGAAAUAGUAAAUCAAAGAAAAACAAAUUUGAGAAAUGGUUCUAUAAAUGACAUUGUUUCUUGGCAACACGAACACGAAAAAGUGAACACAGGAAGUGAAGAACAUUGUGAUGAUGAACAUAACAACAUAAUUAAAGGACAAGAUGAUGUUCCAGCUGCUUUAAGUCCUGAUGAUAAGGCAUCUGCUGGCAAUAAGGCAGAUACAGAUGAGGCAGAUGGAAAUGAUAUACGUGGAAGGCAAGUAGAAGAUGGACGAAUAGACUCUCCUGAACAAGUUACUUCAUCUAGUAAUGAUGGACGCGCAGGAGCAGUGGAACAAGCACAACAUUUAGAAGGACAUGACGCAGAUACUGACAGGGAGAGUAAAGAAAAAGAAGAAGAAGAAGAAGACCCUUCAAAGAAACAAGGACAAAGUGAGGAAUUAGAAAAUUCAGUAGAUAGAAGAAAUGGAGUAUUAACAGAUUCCCAAGAACUUGGUCCGCAAUUACCUGAAAAUCCAGGGGAAUCAGAAACCGCAGUAGUAACAGAAAAUCCUGAAGUGGGAGGAUCAAAAGAUCCAUCGAAAAAGGCGGAAGAACUUGAGUCACAGACACUACAAUAUUCAUUAGGUUUACCAGGGGCACGAGAUCCUGAAGGUUCAUUAGAACCAUCAAGUUCUCCAGUUCUUGAAGAUUCAAAAGAUUCAUUAGAUCCUUCAGGUCCCAAUCAUUCGUCAGAUUCGCAAAGUUCACCAAGUUCGUUAAACUCUUCAGAUUCAUCAAGUUCGUCAUCUUUGCCAGAUCCGGAGGAUGGCAAAGUGAAUACUGAUCCAAAACCAGGUGUUUCAGAAGUAUCUGAACAUCAAGUACCGGAAGAUCCAAGGGAACUAGAACCCCCCAGAGAAGGAACAGUAUUGGCAGAAAACGAAAGACAAACAUAUUUAACUGCAAAAGACCCUGCAGUAAAAUCAGAAACAGGAUCAAUAUUAAGAGAUACGGAUGCAACGGAUGCACAAGAACCUGGAGAACGGGAAUCAGGAAACACAGAAAAAAAUGGUACACCACAUCAGGCACCACGUCCAACAGCAGAGUCAACAACAUUAGAUAGUGGAAGAGAAGCACCACGGCCUUUGGAAGAAAGCAAAGAAAGAGAGGAAAGUGUGCCAGUACCUUCUCAGGAUACACAAGAAAAAGCAGUAAAUGUACCUGGGUCGAAUAAUGAAGCAGAAGGCUCAAAAAUUGUGGAGAGUGUACAAGACCCAACAGAAACAUCAAAUAAAAACGCGUUAGAACCAUUAACAAUUCCUGCAGGGGAAAAUAACGAUAUACACCCAAGUGAAGAUGAAAUAAAAGAGGAAAAGGAGGAGCAGGAUGACAAUGAUGAUGACAAUGAUGAUUACGAAUAUGAUGAUGGUUAUGCGAGAGAGGAAAAUAUAUAUGAAGAAGAGCUUGAAAAAGAGGAGGUGACAGAAGUAGAAGAUGAAGAAGAUAUGGUAGAAGAGGACAAAAAAGAGGAAGCAGGUGAACUUCCAAAGGGAAAUAAUCAAAAGGAAAAUGUAACCGAACAAAAAAAAGAAAUAAAAGAUGUUCCAUUUAAUGAUACUAAUGCUCACAAGUUAAUUGCCAAAGAUCUUGAAGUUUACAAUCAUGUUAAAAAAUCUCAGAAUAUAAUGAAGAAUAUUUUAAGUUCAUUUGAUCAAGAAAUUGGGGUCUCCAACACCCUGAAGGAAUUUGAAAAAGAUAUAGCUUAUUUAUUCACUUAA